AUGGUACCGGAACUUCAAUCCUUGUUUGCAGGUCGUUCUAUUGACGAUCUGGAACCUAUAGACCAGGAGCUUUUAAGCUUAAUUGUGGCCAACGAUAUUGACACUGUACUACCCAAGGAAGUUGGUGAUUGCGACGUCAAAUAUGUCGACGACUUCACUCCCCUCAUUCGGACAUCUACUCCCACGGCAGUGGAUGCAUAUAACCCUGGCUUUUCAAAACGAGAGGUACAAGACCUUUUGACUAUGUUGGCCCCAGAACCUCUCAAGAUUCCGAAAAUGGUGCGAUGCUACUCAGAGCCGAUCCAGAAGAUAGGCAAGCGUACCAAGAAAUGCACGUACGCUGUUCGAAGGAAAGAGGUAGCACGUCUUCGUGAGGAAUCCAAAUUGCUAGAGAGACGUUUACAUCAAAUGAGCAUGAAUCGUAUGAUGUCGAGGCAGACCCGCGAGCAUGCUGCAUGCGAAUUUUACGAGCUGGCUAAAUCCCAAGAGGAAAAUGAACGUCUUCGUGCUUUGGUUUCGAGUCACGAGGCUAAGAUCAGACAGGCCGAUACGUACAUGGCAAUUGUUCACCAGCAUCAGUCUGUUUAG